GAAAAUGUCAAUAAAAAAUACAGUUUUUUGUUUUAUGUGUCAAAAACUUUGGCAGUUUUCCAGUCAUGCAUUCUUACAAUGCUUGUUUAAGUAAAUUCACUAAUUGUAUCCUAAUCCCACAACGCUACAUGUUAGCGAUCAUGGUCAGUCUUUCGAUCCUUAACGCAUACACGAUGCGCGUUUGUCUUUCCAUGACCAUAACCCAGAUGGUAGUAAAGAAAAACUACACGAAAAGUACCACCACCCAAUCAAUGUGUCCCAGCGAUACCACAUUUAAAGAGUUUGAAAUUCGUAAAGAAACGACUUAUGAUUGGAACGAGCACAAGCAAGGGUUAAUUUUGAGUUCGUUUUACUGGGGGUACUUUGUCACCCAUAUUCCUGGGGGGCUUCUGGCUGAAAAACUCGGGGGCAAACACGUACUAGGAAUCGGGAUGUUAAUUAAUGCCAUUUUAACCCUCUUGUUUCCUUGUAUUGUGAAAGGUUCAAAUGGCAAUUGGGUCAUUGCUGUGGUACUUAGGGUUAUUAUGGGUCUCGGGCAAGGGGCUAUAUACCCAACAGCAGCCGUGCUUUUAGCCCAAUGGGUGCCCGUUCAGGAACGUGCAGGCGCGUCUUCAGUUAGUUUCGCAGGGGCUUUGAUAGGUACCGUCAUUUCUAAUUUGAUAAGUGGGGUACUUAUGACCCACUUUGAGGGCUGGGAAGUGGUUUUUUAUUUCUUUGGGUCUUGGGGGCUUAUCUGGAAUAUUUUCUGGCAGUUGGUUUGUUACUCGUACCCAAGAACUAACCCAUGUUUGAAACCCAAAGAAAAAGAAUUUCUAGAGCAGGAGUUGAACGAGGUCAGUGAGGACAAACCUCCAACUCCAUGGAAAGGAAUUUUGACCUCACUACCAGUAUGGGCUCUGGUUCUUGGUCAAUUCGGCCAUGAUUGGGGAUGGUAUACCAUGGUCUCAGAUUUGCCCAAGUAUAUGGACUCAGUACUACGGUUUCACGUCCAAACCAAUGGUCUAUGGUCCGCUUUACCAUAUCUGCUGAUGUGGGGGGCUACCGUUGGUGGUGGUUACCUUGUCGACUUUAUUAUUAUCAAGAAGUAUCUCUCCGUGGCUAACACAAGACGAAUUUGUGCCACUCUUGGUACCAUUUUACCGGGCAUUUUCAUGGUCGCAGCUUCUUAUGUCGGAUGUAACAAACUCGCAGCUGUUAUGAUGUUUACAUUGACAUUAUUUUGGAUGGGUUUCUCCUACCUUGGGCUAAAAGUCAAUUCAAUUGAUUUAUCGCCGAAUUUUGCUGGUACUGUCAUGGCACUUAAUAAUGGUUUGGGAGUUUUUGCAGGAAUGGCAGCCCCAGCUGUGGUUGGCAUUUUAGCACCAAAUCAAACUAUGAACGAAUGGAGGUUGGUUUUUUGGGUCUCUUUUGGAGUACUUGGUGCAACAAACAUCUUAUUUGUAAUUUUUAUGUCGGGGAAAGUCCAGAAAUGGAACAAUUUAAACGACGAUGCAAACAAAGACUAGGAAUAGGUCUUGUACCAAAAUGACAAUAAAGAU